GUUGCUCUGCAGCUCCUGUCAGAUGGUCCAUCUGUCACCCACCUGCAGCUGAUCUUAUACCCGCACUGCAGUCACAACAUGAGCUUUAAGAAACUGAGUCGCAAGUGGUUCGGCAGCCUCACCAACCUCUCCUUUCGCCGUUCCACCGACAAGUCAGAGUCCAAGUCCUCUUCCUUCAAGUCCGGUGCGGGAUGUGGUCCGGCAGAUGCUACACUGUCGGCCCUGAAUCCGGUUGUCGAGACGACGGUGGACGACAUGGGGGCCAUGCGCCCCCGCACCGCCAGCUACGUGCGCUCCAGCGACAGCUACACACACAUGGGCACGCUGCCGCGGCUACUGAGGAGGAGAGACAAGAAGAGCAAAGGCCCCGACGGCGAUAAGACGGGUAAAGACAAGAGCAGGAUCGGCAGGAGUCAAAGCCAGCGGCCUGCGGGGGAUCGGGACCGCGUGGCCCCUCGGAGGCCCACAGACGCCUGGCCCCGACCCACGGGUGAAGCUGACCUGAAGGACAUCACGUCUGCCACGUCGCCAUCUGGUGGCGCAAGCGAUGCACUCCACCCAGAGACCGGCCACAAGCCGGACGUUCGGCCCGAGGGGACGUCACUCAGCCGAGGAGGGGGUGAUGAGACGCGGGGAAAGGAUGAGUUAGAGUCCGGGCCCGCGUCGGAGCCACAGGAGGGGGCACAGAGCGCAGAGCUGCCGGGAGGAAACAGCCAUAUGGAGCCAGCAGAGAGCCAGGUGCAAUAUGUGCAGUUCUCCAAGGAAAAGUACCUGCUGGAGUCUCCCCCUGAAAAACUUCGUAAGGAGCUGGAGGAGGAGCUGAAACUGAGCGCUGCUGACAUCCGGAGCCAUGGCUGGUACCAUGGACACAUACCCAGAGAGGUGUCAGAGACUCUGGUUAUACGUAAUGGAGAUUUCCUCGUGCGCGACUCUCUGACCAGCGUGGGUGACUACGUGCUGACCUGUCGGUGGGACAAUGAGGUGCUGCACUUCAAGAUCAGCAAAGUCCUGGUCAAAUCCAGUGAGACCAAGGUGCAGUACGUGUUGGAGUCCGACAGCUUCGACUCGGUCCAGGAGCUUGUGCGUUUUUACAUCGGCCAGCGCAAACCGGUGUCCCAGUCCAGCGGGGUCCACAUCUACUGCCCGGUCAGCAGGACGCUGCCGCUGCGCUACCUGGAGGCCACCUUCGCUCUGGCCGCCAGCAAGCAAAGCUCCGCCUACUCGCCAUCCAGUCAGAGGGGAGCGUACAUCAAGAGACGCAGCGUCACCAUGAAUGAUGGGCUGACGAUGGACAAGAUGAUAUCCCACAGUGACUCAGACAGUCCCAGUCCAGUUAAGACACCAGUGACACCUCCAGAACCAGAGCCGGAACCUGUGCCCAGCUGCAGCCCGUCGACAAUCCACCACCAUAAGGACGCCAUGCGGAACUGUGCGAUGAGCAUGGACCAGAUUCAGGAGUACCGGUGCCCCCUGUCACCUGUGGGGGAAACCCCACGGUCUCCCGCAUACAGUGCCAUCACCAGGCAGAGAGCCCACUCGAGCGGGAGGGUCCUGGCUGUCGUCCCCCCCUCUCCCCAGAUGCGGCGCUCCAGCGACCCUCAGCUCAGCCCCUCGGCCGGCGGCAACCCCGCGGAGCAUCCCGCGCACGCCUCCCACUCGGCGCACUCGGCGCCCGGCCGCCAUGCCGGCUGCCAGCCCCAGUCCUCAGAAACCGCAGGGAGCUACUGCGACCUCAGGCCGUGUCCCGCCGGGCCCCCCAAGCCCCCGAACAAGAGCUACGUGGAGCGACUGCGGGGGGAAGAAGGGCGGGCGGAUGCAGCCAGGGUGGAAGGGGAGGGGAUGUUCAGCGCCCCACAGGUGGAGACGGCGUCCUCGUUCAGGCCGUCCAGGUACGAGUCUUGCCUCAUGCCUCCAGAUAACAAGCCUCUUGAGAUGUCGGUGCUGAAGAGAGUGAAGGAACUGCUGGCUGAGGUGGAUGCAAGGACCGCGGCUGUACACAUCACGAGGGCGGACUGCACGGUGGCUAGAAUAUUAGGGGUAACGUCAGAGCUGCAAAGGAUGAUGGGAGUGUCUUCGGGGUUGGAGUUACUCACACUACCGCAUGGACACCAGCUAAGACUUGACCUGCUGGAGAGGUUCUACACCAUGUCUAUCAUGAUGGCGGUGGACCUGCUCGGUUGCACGGGAAGCACAGAGGAGAGGGCCGCCCUGCUCCACAAGACCAUCCAGUUGGCAGCAGAGCUGAAAAGCAACCUGGGCAACAUGUUUGGCUUUGCUGCAGUGAUGAGAGCCCUUGAGCUGCCGCAGAUUUCCCGCCUUGAGCAGACGUGGGUGACAUUACGCCAGAGACACACAGAGGGCGCCAUUCUGUAUGAGAAAAAGUUAAAACCUUUCAUGAAGAAUAUGAACGAUGGAAAAGAGUCGAAUGCCCUGGCCAACACUUCGGUGCCCCACAUAAUCCCCAUCCUGUCCUUAUUGGAGCGGGGCAUGGCGGUCGGGGAGGCGCUGGAGCCCUGGGAGAGUGCCGAGGUGGGAGUGGAUGUGGUCAUGUACCACCUGGAGGCAGCGCGUACCAUGGCACAUCACGGGGGGAUCUACAGGACCAACACGGAGACCAAACUGCAGGGAUUCCAGGAGCGAGCAGAAAUACACGAGAUCUUCCAGACCGAGUUCCAGAUGCGUCUCCUGUGGGGCAGCCGUGGCUCUGAGGGCAGCCAGUCGGAGCGCUACGAGAAGUUCGACAAGGUUCUCACGGCUCUGUCGUAUAAGCUAGAGCCUCCGGUGCGCCACAGCGAGCUAUAGCGCCUGCCACCAACAGACCGACAUCUGCAAAACACUCCGCUCAGUGGGCUGUGGUCUUGCUUUGCAAACGAAAAAAGGACGAUGUGGAAGAGUCGGGGGGGGGGGGGGCGAAGAGGCAGCUAACAGAGCACGAGCAGUGGGACAAACCGAAAGGAAGGUUUGCACUCAAUGCGUAUUUCUCUUUCAGUGGAGCUCGUCCGGCUAUGCGGAAAGCAAGAUGAGGGGGGAGGUUGAGCCGCUCCUCCGCAUGGUUGGAACAGUGACGUGUGUACAGUGCCCCCCCCCCCCCCUCCCCCCGAGGGCCAGACAGUGCUGCAGAUUUAAAACUGCAUUUCUAUUUCUUUUGUUUCAAACAGCUGCUGUCCCAAACUGUAGCAGGACUCCAACAGUAACAUGCAUAGCUCAUAUAAAGAUGUUUUGUCUGUGUGUGUGUUGCGUGUGCGUGUGUGUGUUGUGCGCGUGCGUGCGUGUGUGCGUGUUGGUUCGCAUUCCUUCGUUUGUAUGUGUCAUUAACGCUUCAUGUGUUUUUUCUUAUUUUUAUUUAUUUGUUGCGGUCAAAGGACAUAUAAACAUCACAGAGAGUGCUUCACCCAACUUAUGAGAAUCUGCCAGAGCUGAUUCUGUGGGAACCAUAUUCAUAAAACCUUGUUAAAUGCAUCACGCUGUCCCAUUGAAUCCUAUUAAUAAUGUAUGAGGCAUGCAUUAAUAAAUGUGUCAGAAAUGGAACAUUUGCAGAAGUUAAUGCAGCAACUUCAGCGAGUCCUUAAUGUUACCGAGGAUAAAGCAACUGUUUCACUAAAAUAUCUGACCAUGUGUUUCUAGUGCACAUCAUUUAGCUCAGAGGGGCACUAAGGGACUGAGGGAAAAUAGGACUCUUUAGAUUUAGUUUAAGCAAUGUUUCACUUACUACUAAAACAUGUUUAAGAUGCAGAGAUAGUUGAAAUGGUCGGUGCAUGAAGCUACAAAUGUUAAACGAAGUAAAAUGUUGCUCUAAACUUAAUUUAAAUGUAUAACAACGUAUCAAACUUGAGAAAAUAUGCAGGUAAUAAUAACAAUGAAGAUCUUUCAGGUCUGUAUAAUAAUCAGAAUUGAUACCAAACAGAGAGGAAUCUGUUAUUUUUCUUAUUUUUUUUUAAAACAAUGAUUAAUAAAAUAAGGACCACAGCCCUACUGCAGGGAAGGUCUUUUGAUUGUAUGGUUUGUGUUCCAGCAAUAGAGCUAU